AAGUGAGGUUAUAAACUCGAAUAUAUAUUAUAUAUUACACGUCCUCAUAUUUACAACUGCUUACAACAUCAUACAAAAUUAUCAAUCUGCAAAAAGUAGAUAAGUUAUAAUAAUAAUAACAAUAAAUAAAACAGUAAUAAAUAUUAAAAAAAAAAAAAAAACAAAAAAAGAAAGAGUUAAAAAAAAAUAUCAAGUAUGCCAUAUUCCGCGUCAUACAUCAAAGAGAAAUUGAUUAAGGAAUUGCCAGCUUCUCAUGUUAUGGUUGAAGAUCAAUCUGAUGGAUGUGGUGCUAAAUUCUUUGUAUUAAUUGUGUCUGAUAAAUUUGCUGGAAAACCUCUUGUUUUGCGUCACAGACUUGUUCAUGAGAUAUUAAAAGAAGAGCUCAAAGAAAUUCACGCAUUUUCACAAAAAACACUUACACCAGAACAGUGGGAAAAAUCACAAAGUCCAAUAAACACAUCUAGUUAA